AUCAGGAAGUAGAUGAUGCAGAACAAGAGCUUGUUGCCAGCAUGACCGUUCUGUCGCGGCUCUGUUGGUCUUUAGCUCUGAUCAAACAGGACUGCGGGACGAAACGAGUUUUUGCGUCAUUCAUCUCCAGACAGUUUUGUUCUUUUCGCUUUAAAGGAUUGUCGCAGCGUGUCGGACCUUUUUCAGCAGGUUCUCUUUUUCCAGAAACGUCUCUCAGCUAUUUUUCAUCACUUGGUGGCAGAAGAGUCAGCAUGUCUUCGAUGUCCAGCAGGAUGGUGUGGGUGGACCUGGAGAUGACGGGUUUAGAUGUGGAAAAAGACCAAAUCAUUGAAAUGGCGUGCAUCAUCACCGACUCUGAUCUGAACAUCAUAGCAGAGGGACCAACUGUAAUCAUCAAGCAGCCAGACGAGCUGCUGGACGGGAUGUCGGAGUGGUGUAAAGAGCAUCAUGGGAAGUCAGGACUGAUUCAGGCUGUCAAAAACAGCCACAUCACCCUGGAACAGGCCGAAUACGAGUUUCUGUCCUUUGUCAGGCAGCACACGCCACCUGGGCAAUGUCCCCUUGCUGGCAACUCUGUACACGCAGACAAGAGGUUCUUGGACAAGUACAUGCCACAGUUCAUGUACCAUCUUCAUUACAGGAUCAUUGAUGUCAGCACCAUCAAAGAGCUCUGCAGGCGGUGGUUCCCUGAAGACUUCAGUAUGGCUCCACGCAAGUCUGCCACCCACAGAGCCUUAGACGAUAUAAAGGAGAGCAUUAAGGAGCUCCAGUACUACAGAGCCAGCAUCUUCAAAGCAUCGCCAGAGGAAAAGAAACGCAAGACCAAAGAAAACAAAGACAACAUUAGUUAGUGAAUGAAUAUGAGUGAUGAAAUGCACGUUGAAGAUUUCUUUCAGUUUGAAUGUUUUUAUUUUUCAGGAAUAAUACAGUUUUAAAAUAAAAUCAAGUGAAGAGAAAAUUGAUUUAAGAUUUAUUUAUGAUUCUGAUAUUCUAGUUGAAUUAAAUAAAAUAAUUUAUUUCUGUAUCCUUAUUUCUACACUAAUCCGGCAAGCAUAAAAGCUGCAUAUUACAACCUAAGGUCAUAUUUAUUUACAUAAUUGAAGUUUUCAUGGACAUAUUACCAAUACAAUGCAUUAUUCCUGUCCUUAUAUAAAGUAUGUAAGAUCCAAGCUUUAAAUCAAUACAUUUUCUUUGAAGUCUCUAAAUUAGUAGGUUAGAGAUGAGAGUCGCUUCAACUGACUUUGCAAAAAAUGUGAAAUAUAAGUUAUUUCUAAAAUAAAAUCCAAUCUUCAAUUGAA